UCCAGUUCACGAAUGAGAUAGAAUGCGGGCGGGGGGUCUUGUUCGCCCCCGCCUCAGUUAGAUGCCAGUCUCCCUAUUACUUCCCGGGGAGGCAGUUCCCUUCGGCCCGCAAACGCAGAGCCACGCCCCCAUCUACGGCUGCUUCCGCGCGGGGUCUUUUGGCCCCAGCGGCCGCCGUAACCCCGCCCACUAAGGAAAACGGCCCCGGAGCGACGACACCGCCCUCACCCGCCUCACCGGCAUGAAGCCCCCGCAGCGGCGGCGAGCGGCCCCGGCGCGCUAUCUGGGUGAGGUGACCGGCCCCGCGACCUGGAGCGCCCGCGAGAAGCGGCAGCUGUUACGACUACUGCAGGCCCGACGGGGCCAGCCGGAGCCGGACGCCGCCGAACUGGCCCGGCAGCUGUCGGGCCGGAGCGAGGUCGAGAUCCAGGACUUUCUCCGGCACCUCAAGGGUCGAGUGGUCCGAAAGGCCACUCAGAUGAUGCAUCCAGGUGGCCCACAGGGUCCAAGGCGCCGGGAAACACAGACCCCGGCCCCCAUCGAGGUGUGGAUGGAUCUGGCUGAGAAGAUAACAGGCCCGCUGGAGGAGGCCCUGACCGUGGCUUUCUCACAGGUGCUCACCAUCGCGGCCACGGAGCCCAACAGCCUCCUGCACUCCAAGCCCCCCAAGCCCACGCAGGCUCGUGGAAAGCUACUGCUCCUCAGCGCCCCUGGAGGGCAGGAGGACCUGGGCCCUGAGGCUCCUGGCCCCGCCCCUGAGGCCCCUCGACGGCAGGAGUCUCCUGGCCCCGCCCCCAAGACACAAGGCCCUGCCCCUGAGGCGUCCUCUGAGUCCCUGGCUGGCCCGUCCGCUGAGGAAGACUUUUCUGUGGACUUUGAGAAGAUCUACAAGUACCUGUCGUCCAUCUCCCGCGGCGGCCGAGGCCCUGAGCUUUCCGCAGCUGAGUCAGCUGUGGUCCUUGACCUGCUCAUGGCACUUCCUGAGGAGUUGUCUCGCCUGCCCUGCACCGCCCUGGUUGAACAUAUGUCGGAUAUGUACCUACACCUGAUGGCCCCCCAGCCCAACCCUGCCAGUGGGGGCCUGGGGUCUGGGGCUGAGGCUGACGGGACAGGUUCCAGGGGGCAAGAGGAGGCUGGCCAGGCCACUCCUCAGGCCCCUGAGAAUGCUGGGCCCAGCGAACCGAUACCCACUUGGCAAGCAGCUGGGAUCUGCCCCCUGAACCCAUUCCUGGUACCCCUGGAGCUUCUGGGCCAGGUGGCCACCCCUGCAAGGUGAGGGGCCCAGCACCUCACCAGACACACCAGACAUCGGUGAGCCCCCAGGCCCUCAAUCCUGCUUGGGCUGGCACUGGGUUGUCAUUGAGGAUCUUGCCACAGUGGAAGGUCCCUGGCGCAGUGUGCAGUAUAGGUCGCCUAUAAGAUGCUCGAUACAGCAUGGGUCUCAGAAAUGGAAGCACAGGGAAUUCCCUGGCGACCCAGUGGUUGGACUACACGCUCUCCCUGCCGAGGGCCUGUGUUCAAUCCCUGGUCGGGGAACUAAAAACCCACAAGCUGUGCAGCAUGGCCAAAAAAAAAAAAACGAAGCAAAGUUGUACAGGGUUUCAGCCAUAGAACUGGGGUGAGGGGGUUCCAGCCAGAUGGCUGGGCUAAAAUCACCCUCAAAUACUCCCCCCACUGGUUCCUCAUCCCUCCUGAAGUCCUGUAUCCAGUGUCCUGUAACUGUGAAUAAAGUUCUGGUCUAUCCCCCUGGC